CAGUUCUUUGAUUUCUACUAAUGGGAUUAUCUAUGAUGGUGUGUGCAGGGAUACAUCGCCACUUUGUUCUUUAUGGUCUGAUGGAGUAUCUCGGAAGAAGCUUUGACCGACAGUUCACAGCGGAUGAGGUUCUUCAGCUACUUGAUCGUUUCUACAACAUCGACAUGCUGAAAUCAGACGAUGAGGACAUGGACAUUCUGAAUCAUGAAGAAGAUUUUACCUUGCCUCAGAGUUUCUUUGAUAAGGAAGAACCAUGACAGAGCAAGAAGAAGAGAUUUUUGUUUCAUUUAUCUUCUUCUCCCAUCUUUUUGUAUAUGGUUAGGUUUGUCCUCAGCUCUUAUGCUAAGGUUUUUAUUCUUCUUCUGAAUACUGCAGUUUGAAUGUCCAUAAAACCAUCAUCAAUAAUGAUCAUUACUCUGUCCCAAGAGUUUAAUAAAUCUUAACAAGCUUUUUGUUUUGCGGACU